AUGGGUGGGAAAGGCAAAGGAAAAGGCAAGAAAGGCAAGAAGAAAAAGUCAAAAAAGCAAAAGGACCCACGAGAAGCCUUGCCUGAAGAGAUAAAAGCGAUGGACAUAUCCACACUUCAAAGGGAAAUCGAAAUUUGACGACAAAAAGUUUUGGACACAAAAAUUCUUACUCUCCCACUAUACCAUUUUUUUUAAUUAUUAUUUAAAAAAUUAUUAUUAUAUAAAAUUUAUCCAGCAAGGGUUAGGAACAAAUUUCAGAACGAAAAAGACCUAAUCAAGCAGUUUUACGAAGUAACCAAAAAGAAUACAGAAGACAUCACUGCCAGCAUAAAAAACAAAGACUCAGAAAUGGAGAGACUCGAAGACGACCAUCGAGUUGAAGUAAAAGUUUACAUGCAAAAAAUCCACCAUCUUGAGUAUGACCACCAAAAUGCAUUAAAAAAGCUUGAAGAUGAUACAAAAUCCAACCAAAAAGACGAGGUCAACUAUCACUUCAAAACAGAAAACCAAAUGAAGCUUGCCAAAAUUGAGCUUAAAAAAGAAUUAAAUGAGCAAGAAUUGGCAUAUGUUAACAGGGUUGGCAAAGAGAUGGAGACCUAUAAGUCUAAUUUAGACUUCCUUAAAAGAAGCUAUGAUCAAGAAUUAGCAAGAAUUGAGGAAACUUAUAAAAAAUGGCAGUGAAUAUAAUUCAAAUAAAUUUUAUAUUCUAGGCCUAAUUAAUAAUGAAAUUAUUUCUAGGUGCAAUUUAUAUAGAAAUAGCAUUUAUCUGAUAAAUUAUCAGUGCAUUAUUAGCAUGCUACAGAAUAUAAAAUAAUCAGUAUAAUAAAGCAUAUAACACCAAAUUUCAAACCUUAAAAGAAAACUUGGAACUUAGGCUGAAAGUCGAAAUCCAUGAGGUCGAAGAAAGGAAAAACAAGCACAGGAACACAUUAAUGAUGAAGCAUGAAAAAGCAUUUAGGACCAUAAAAGACUACUACAACGAUAUCACUAGAGGCAACCUUGAAAAAAUUAGAGACUUAAAAGACGAAAAAGCGCAGCUAGAAAGAAAUCAAAUUGAAAAUAAACAGCUUAUAGAAGAACUCAGAAAGAAAAAUGCAGAGCUUAAAAAGCCAUUAGAAGACGCAAAAGAGCAGCUGGCUUUAUUAGAGGACAAGCUUACAAAUUAUAAUUUAUAUUUUUCUAUAUGAAUUAAAUAUAUUUUUUAAUUAUUUAUAAAUCAAGCAUAAUUAUUUUAAAAAUAAUAGACAAAGUUAGCUUAUUCAACGCUAAAAAACACUUAAAAACUUUAUUAUCAAGGCUUGAAAAAUGCAAAUAUGAUAAAAACGAGCUUGAAACUAAAUACCGCCAGACCCUGCAAGAAAGAGACGAGCUUUAUAAGAGAUUUGAGAACUCUAUAGACAGAGUCAAACAAAAAGCAGACUAUAAGAAUGUUUUCUUAGAAAAUAAGCUUAAAGAGCACGAAGACAAUUUACAAAGAAAAGAAACUCAGCUACAAGAAGUCCUCGCCAAGGCUAAUAUUGAUCAAGCAUUUAUAGUAGAAAUCAAUAAGAGGAUUGAAGACUCGCUAGAAGCUAAAAACACAAUUUUGAAGAAUUUGAAAUAUUCGUUGUCACAUGCUAUUAAAGCUUAUAAUGAUGCUAUAAGAGUAUAUGAAGCCAAACUUGUAGAGUUUGGAAUACCGCCUGAAGAACUUGGGUUCCAACCUAUUGAAUCAAUGACGUCUACAAUGCCUGCAGGGCUUGUGGCUGCUUAA